AUGGUCGUGGGACAUCAGUUCCACAUGGAGGGCAGAGAGGCGUGGGCGUUGAACACCCUGAAUCAUGGUCUCCUAGAUGGCAGACACGUCGUCGUGGAUACACGAAGUGGUGGCUCUGCAAAUACCAUCAGCGAUCCUCCUGUCAUGCCUGACCACCCUCCGCCGCCGCCCCCUCUGGUCACUCAUACACCAACAUCUGAACCAAAUGAUCCCCCUACCGCUGUUUCUGCUGCUCAGGACGGCCCGUCCGACAUGGGCAUGACCGUGCUCAGUAUCGCCGUCGGAGCUGUUGCAGCCUUCAUCAUAAUUCCAGCCCUGGCCGUCGUUGCAUAUCUCUACAUCCGGCGAUGGAGGAGGAGCGGAAAUACAACAUAUGACAGCCUGGACGGCGAGACGCAAGAUGACGAUGAGGACUACUUUUCGAAUGCCACACAUCCUCACUACCAUGAUGAAAUCCAGCUCAAAGACUACGAGAACGAGAGCAAGCCAUCUUUUGAAGAAACGGGGGAUCUAGCCACGCCCGCGAGCGCGAUCCAUGUCAUCCCAGCAGAUCUUGGACCAUUUUCACCAGGGAUGAAGAAGACUAUGGCACUGGGCUCGGGGACGAUCCGGUCGCCUGGGGCAUAA